AUGGAAUCAAAGGAACCUAUAGCACCACUGGAGUUCGAAGGAGCUCCCGUGACAAUGGUCAAGACAAAAGAAGAAUUAGAACGGUUAAGAGACACACUGAACAAUUGCCAAGAGUUUGCUGUGGAUUUGGAGCAUCACGACUACCGUACUUACCUUGGUUUGACCUGUCUCAUGCAAAUAUCCACAAGAACGGGAGACUAUAUCGUCGAUCCAUUCCCAUUAUGGAAUGAGAUGCACAUUCUCAAUGAUCCUUUUACGAAUCCUGGAAUUUUAAAGGUAUUUCAUGGAGGCGAGCACGAUAUCGAGUGGUUGCAAAGAGAUUUUGGAAUCUAUGUGGUUAAUAUGUUUGACACAGGAAGAGCUAUGCGCCGUCUUGAGAUGCAAAAAUUCAGUUUACGUUAUCUGGUGCAACAUUACUGUGAUAUAACUUUGAACAAGAAGUAUCAGCUGGCAGACUGGAGAGAACGGUAA